AUGUCAAAGAAGACGCGUACUCUGCCUCCACCAGAGCAGGUCAUUGCCGCGCCGAUUGUGUUUGACAAUUCUUAUAUGGUUUGCUUACGCUCUGCGGAUGACCGUCUGUUCCUGGUAGAUCGCAACUGCGCCAUGGUGAGUGCGGUGAUUAGGAAUUCUAUGUGGAAGGGGCGGCGCAACAGUAACGGCACCAGCACCAGUAGUGUCACAACCCCCCAAAACACGCCUGUGGUGACAACCAUUGGGGCUGAGAAGUACGAGACGAUCACAUUGGAUGAGGUGGGUGGAGACCUGCUGGAGCUUGCACUGGAGGCGAUGUACUUUAAGUACCGGUACGAUGGCGACCCCGAGCGGCGUCCACUGGAACCGCAACACUCUCCAGAGGACAGGCACAAGCUGGCGGCCCUGAGUGCAUUGCUGGAUAUGUAG